UUGAAUGGACUCUGGUGCUGUCUAGACAAGAGCAAAAGAGGUUUAGGGGUCUAAGAACCAGGACAACAAUUGCAUUCGUUUUGAUGUGAAUGAUUUGAAAAUACACCCUUUGUCCCUGUGAAUUGUGCAGGAGUUGAUGGCUUGUCUUCCUUGUUCCCCCAAGCGCCAGGGAGUUGUCCUGAGCACCGACACCAGACCAGACAGGGCCUGUUUGUGUGGCCAGGCACCUGGGCCCCCCGGACUGCCACGCUGCCAUGUCAGGGAGACACCAGCAAGACAGCUAGCAGGCUCUGUCUGUUGGGUUUUCCAAUCCAUUGGGGUGUCCCAGAUCUGCACCAGUGCCCGUUUGUGGUUGAGACCAUUCCAGACCUAGACAACAUUGAUGUCACUCCUGAGAAUGCUAUGGAUGUGGUGGAGAUGAUAGAGGGCCUGCUGAAAGACCAUCCAGACCUCAACUGCACUGAACUGAGCACCAUUCUGAAGAAACUCAAAAACAUUGUUUUCAUCAGCUGUAUGACCCCACCUCUGGGCGAAGCUAUCAUCAACAUCAUCUCAGACAUCUUGGAGUCUAAGAGCUACCUGCAGCAUGUCACCAACCAAAUACUGGACAUUACGGAGAUGGUUGGCGACAAGAUGUCUUGUUUUGACCAGACAAAUUAUACUUUGGUUACUUCUGCGAUGGCAAUCUCCGUGGUGGACGUAGACCGGGGCCAGUUUCAGGUCCUCACUUUUGGCGUCUCGUCUGCUGCAGAGGGCCUAAACCCUGAGAUUUAUAUCAACAAGGAUCCGUUCAAAGGGACUGUUGCAUUCAUCUCCCUACCCUCAGCCUUGAAGUACAGAUUUCCUCAACACAGUGGAGCCCAGCCGCGGGUUCAGUUUCAGUUUUAUGGAGUCCCAACUCUCUUCAUGAACAACCCGGAUGGGAAGAUCCUGAACACUUAUGUGGUCUCAGCCAGUGUCACCAAUGCCAGUGGCCCCAUCAAGGACCUAGAGGAGGAUGUAGAGGUGACACUACAUCACUUGACGUCCAAUCCACUUGGCAAGGAGGUGCAGUGUGUCUACUGGAACUUCAAUCAAAAUGAAGGAAGGGGAGGAUGGGAACAGCAUGGAUGCAGGAAGCACAACACCAGUGCUGACUAUACCACAUGCCUGUGUGACCACCUCACUCAUUUUGGAGUACUUCUGGAUGUAUCCAGGACUCAAAUCGACAUACCAAAUGAGGAAAUUCUGACCAUCAUCACUCAUCUGGGCUGCGGUGUGUCCUCCGUCUUCCUGGGAAUCACUGUGUUGACAUACACAGCAUUUGAGAAGCUCCGCAGAGACUACCCAUCCAAGAUCCUCAUUAACUUGUCUCUGGCGCUGCUGGGGCUCAACAUGGUUUUCCUGGUCAACUCCUGGCUCUCCUCCUUUGGCAGCUAUGGGCUUUGUGUGGCGGUGGCUUCCGCACUGCACUAUUUCCUACUGGCCUCUUUCACUUGGAUGGGCCUGGAGGCUGUGCACAUGUACUUUGCCUUGGUCAAAGUCUUCAAUGUUUAUGUGCCCUCAUACAUCCUCAAGUUCUGCUCCCUAGGAUGGGGAAUCCCUCUGACCAUAUGCUGCGUAGUUCUGGUUGUGAAGAGAGAGUCCUACGGCAGCUCCCUCGGCAGUGAGUCCAUGGAACCACUAGAUAACUCCGAGGCGUUCUGCUGGAUCCAGGAUGAAGUGGCUUUCUAUGUGUCUGUGGUGGGCUACAUUCUGCUAGUGAUGCUGUGCAACAUGGCUAUCUUCGUGGUGGUCCUGGUCCAGAUCCGCCACAUGCGGGUCAAUCAGCCGGCUGGCAUCCACAGCGGCCUCCUUCUGCAGGACCUGAAGGGGGUUUCCAGUCUCACCUUCCUGCUGGGUCUCACCUGGACUGUGGCUUUCUUCGCCUGGGGGCCAGCCAAGGUUCCCUUCCUCUACCUCUUCUGUGUCCUCAACAGUCUGCAAGGGUUCUUUAUAUUUCUGUUCCAUUGUCUGAUGAAGGAGAAUGUGAGAAAACAAUGGAGAAUCCAUUUGUGCUUUGGCCGCUUCAGACUCCAAGACUACUCUGAGUGGAGCCAGACUUUUACAGUUGGUGCGAAAUCCAGACCUAACCUUCUGGUGCGCAUGCCCUCAGUGAGGUCCAUCAAGUCCAGUGCCACAGAAAGCACCUCGGCCUCCUCCGACUCCAGUCAACGACAGGUCUCCAUCAGAAGACCUAACUUGGACCUUGUGUAUGAGAAUAACUUGACACUACCACUUGUCCAACGCAACUCCACUCCUCUACCUCACAAGAGUGCCUCUUUCCCAGAGGAGGGGCACUGCGAGGGGCCCUCUUGGCAAGACGGAUCUCACCCAAGACACCGGCUACCCAUUCCUUAAGACCUUUGAAAUACGGCAAGGAGGAACACCUUCAUUUGUGUUAAAUGAAUGAAUAGAGAAACAAAGAUUGUAACUUGUGCAAUCUGAGAUAUCAGACCAGGCUUGGUUCUGUGUAACAAGGCAGCUUUCGCUUUGACCUCAAUCUGGGACAUGAAUGCACAUGUCUGAUAAAGCAACAUUUAGGACACAAUAUGAAUGGUGUUUUUCAUUUCUACUUUGGAGCAAAUUAAAAAUGAAGUUCUUUGUGAUGAUCUAUCUGAUGAAUGAUGUCCUGUCCAUCUUCACUGAUCUAUUUAUUGUACUGAAGGUGUGACAAAUUAGACUAGUAUGCAUGUGUGCAAAACAGACAAUAAAUGACAUUGGCUGCAAUCUUUUUUUAAUAUUAAUAUUUGUGUAUCAAAGUUUUAUGCGAGAUGAAAAAUACCAGUAUG